AUGAACGGUGGUGAUGGUGGAGAGGUCACGGCAGCUACUCCGGCGGGGCCACCACCGCCGCUUGAGUGGAAAUUCUCUCAGGUCUUUGGUGAACGCACAGCCGGCGAGGAAGUUCAGGAAGUUGAUAUUAUAUCAGCAAUCGAGUUUGAUAAAUCUGGUGAUCAUCUUGCUACUGGUGACCGUGGGGGCAGAGUAGUCUUAUUCGAGAGGACAGAUACUAAGGAGCAUGGUGGAAGCCGUAGAGAUUUAGAGAGAAUGGAUUAUCCAGUGGCCCGGCAUCCAGAAUUCCGCUAUAAGACAGAAUUCCAAAGUCAUGAACCUGAGUUUGACUACCUCAAGAGUUUGGAAAUUGAGGAAAAGAUCAACAAGAUUAGGUGGUGCCAAACAGCAAAUGGUGCCCUUUUCCUUCUGUCCACUAAUGAUAAAACCAUCAAGUUUUGGAAGGUCCAAGAGAAGAAAGUCAAGAAAAUUGCUGACAUGAAUAUCGACGCAUCCAAGGGUAUUGGAAAUGGCAGUGCAUCUAGCUCCAGCAUUACAUCCAGUCCUAAGCCCUAUAUUGCAAAUGGCGGCAACCCUGAUAGGUCUUACAAUUCCUUGAGCAGUGACGUGUCAUUUCCCCCAGGGGGCAUUUCAUCACUGCGCUUACCUGUGGUAGUUACCAGCAAUGAGACUAACCUUGUUGCAAGAUGUAGAAGGGUCUAUGCUCAUGCUCAUGACUAUCACAUUAACUCAAUUUCAAAUAACAGUGAUGGUGAAACGUUUAUAUCAGCUGAUGACUUGCGAAUAAACCUCUGGAACUUGGAAAUAAGUAAUCAAAGUUUCAACAUAGUUGAUGUGAAGCCCGCAAAUAUGGAGGAUCUAACUGAGGUUAUAACUUCAGCAGAGUUUCAUCCUACUCACUGUAAUAUGUUAGCAUAUAGUAGCUCAAAGGGAUCGAUUCGUCUCAUUGAUUUGCGGCAGUCAGCUUUGUGUGAUUCACAUUCUAAACUGUUUGAAGAACAGGAGGCACCAGGUUCAAGAUCAUUUUUCACCGAGAUUAUAGCUUCGAUUUCAGAUAUUAAAUUCGCAAAAGAUGGUAGAUAUAUUCUCAGCCGUGAUUAUAUGACCCUUAAGUUGUGGGACAUUAACAUGGAUUCAGGUCCUGUUGCAACCUUCCAAGUUCAUGAAUAUCUAAGACCUAAGCUAUGCGACUUAUAUGAAAAUGAUUCUAUCUUUGAUAAAUUUGAGUGCUGCCUGAGCGGGGAUGGUCAACGAGUAGCAACUGGUUCUUACAGCAAUUUAUUUCGUGUGUUUGGUUGCGGAGCUGGUAGUACUGAAGCAACUACUCUUGAAGCCAGCAAAAACCCAAUGAGGAGACAAGUGCAGACCCCUUCCCGGCCCUCAAGAUCUCUGAGCAGUAGUAUUACCCGUGUUGUCCGAAGAGGUUCUGAAAGUCCAGGGGUUGAUGCGAAUGGGAACUCAUUUGAUUUUACAACAAAGUUGCUCCAUCUGGCAUGGCACCCAACCGAGAACUCAAUAGCUUGUGCUGCUGCAAACAGCUUGUACAUGUAUUAUGCAUAA